AUGAAUACGCAGCUAAAUUUUCCGAUUGGCGAAAAAUCGAUAGUGAGUUGUGCAUUUUGGCCCGAAAGUAAUAAUUUGCAUAUUAAAAUCGAUAAUUUCAGUAUCAAAUGGGCUUCAACUCGGGACCACCGCCGCCCGUGACCAAUUAUGUGACAGAACCGACCUCGUUGACUGUGAGUUACAGCAGAAAUCUUUGAAAAACAAAAAAAUGUAUUGCAGAAUCAUCUACACAUUCUGGAAAUGUUGAAUCCGCAAAAUCCGGGAACGGACGACAGAAAACGCGAAUUUUGGGCCGAUUUGAUGGCGCCGCACUACGAAAAACAGGCGGAACUCGAGAAGAAAAUCGACGAUUUGAGCGAGACGCUCAACAAUUUUAUUCGCGCGCAACAGAGUGUCAACGAACUGAUUAUCGAGAAGUAUUUGGUGAGAAUUGGCUGGAAAAACUGAAAAAAUGAACAGUCAAUGUAAAAUAACUUUUCAGCGUCAAAACAGUCCACGAGAUGACGAAAACCGGCUGGAAGAGCAGCAUCACGAGGAGGAAAAUGAGAUGGGAAAUCAGGUAACAACAAGCUUUAAUUUUAAAAGAUUCUUGGUAAAAGAAGAGUAUUCAAUCAUUGCCUAGGUGUCUAAAAUCGUCCCCCAAAUGUACUGGUGGGGGGCGAUUCUAGAAUGUUACUGAAUUCUGAUUUUUCAAACUUUUUCCGCCUCAAAUACAAUCGAUUUGUCUGAUUCCGCAGCACCACUCGAUCACGAACCCGAUGCCGGUCUACGCGGUGCCGAUCGUCCACGAAUCCCGCAAUUCCUCGUCGCCGCCUCUCCGAAAUCGAUCGGUUUCUCCCGAAAAAAUGGAAACAGGCGAGGGAAUGACCGUCAGGGACUUUCUGAAAAACACAAUGACCGUCCAGAAGGCCGACGAUAAAGUUUGUCUUUCCUUUGCAUCAACAAUUUAUUUUUUCAGUCAAAAUUGAGGAAUUAGUGAAACGGCAAAAAAAUGUGAUUUGCAGUUGCUGGAGGAGGAGCGAGCGAGAGAAAGAGACGAAGCCUCGCAGGUGGCCAAAUUCAACAAAUUCCGAGUCAGAAACAGACCCAAAGUGAGUACUUUGUCUCAGAGAUUUGCGCGAUGCGGGAACAAACGUCACGUUCUUGGGGUACGCAAUUUUGUAUCCGUCGCGGAGCCAAUCGGCGCUCAUCUCUCGAUCUCUAGAAAUGUUCUGUUUAAAUACAAUUGCAGAAGUACAAACGAAGUGCGGUGACGUUCACGUCGAGCCUGGAGCCCUCUUCGUCCGCCAGUUCGCACUUGGAUAUUAUCCAGAACCAGAAUAUUCCCCCUCCGGUCACUUCUUCUUCUUCCUCCUCUACCGGAUCGCAAUUGAUGGAAUUGCACUCGCAAAAUAAUGUGUCCACCGAAAUCGAGGAGAAUAUUUUCCCGAUCGUCGUUCCAUGUGUUCAGGUAAUACUUUUUUGGAAACAGUACAGUCUUUAAAAAACAUUAAUUUCCAGCGAGCUCCCGAACUCGAAUUGGCUCUGAUGCAACCCGUUUUUCCAUCCACUUCUUCCUAUGUUCUUGUCAGUUUUUCUUCUAAAAUUGUCACUGCUCCCGCCAUUUUUCUCCCAAAAAUUGCUUUGUUUGUUUCCAGAAUCCGCCGCACACAUCCCAUCAUUCUCACAAUACUUUGACCGCUUUGACAGCCGUUUCCGAGGCCAAGUACGCUAUUUUUGAAACCGUUACUUUGAAAAUGAUUUUUGCAAAUUUCAGAUUCCAAACGGAUCCCAAUAAUAUCUGGAAGGCUGUCGAUGGAGUCACACAGUUGCUCGUUGAUGUGAGCAUUGACAGGCCGAGACUUUUGACCCACUUGCAAGGAUCCAAUCGGGCCCAAACUUUGCAGACUUCUUGGACUUGGAUUGAAGUAUGUUGGGUCCGAGUUUCAGUCCGAUCGGAUCAUCUGAGUCGGAGGUAUACAGGCCGAGUUUUUGCGAAAAUUGCGGCCUUCUCGGCCUCCGAUCCACAUAUCUCGGGACCAGAUGAUCCGAUCGGUUUGGCACUUAGACUCAAUAUACUUUAAUCCAAGUCCAAAAAGUCUGCAAAGUUGAGGUCCAAUCGGGUCCUUGCGAGUGGGUCAAAAAGCCUGGGCCGGCAUUUUGUCCCGCCCUGUCAGAAUCACAAGACUAAAUUGUUCAGGCGCCGGCCCUUCUCGAAUCGGAUCUCCGCACAUUUUCCGAUCAUUCCCAUCACAGCAGCUUUUUGCCGUUCGUCGGAAACGUACGUUUCGUUUUAACCUCGAAUUUUUUGCAAAAUUUCUGCGAUUUUCAGCAGGAACAUCACCCUCGAUCGGCGUUCGUUCCACCACAUUAUCACGUGAGAAAUUGAUCGGUUUUGUAACUUUCAAAAAAUAUUUGUUUGCAGAAAGAACGUCGCAUUCACAUGGACCACUCAUCGAUAACGGAUACUCUACGGAAUUUGUGA